CUCUACAAAACUGCGGCCGGUCGACCACCGGCCUGACUGUGUGUCUGGUGGGCAGCUGCGUAUCUCCGAAGGCAAGCAACAAAGGCACAGCCAUGGCACGCGUCGGCAGCCUGGUGGCGACCAACAAGAGCACGCUACAGAAGUUUAUUUCGCUGGACUUGCCAGAGGCGAAGUCGAAGGCCAUGUAUAUCUGGAUUGACGGCAGCGGCGAGAACCUGCGCGCGAAGACACGCACGCUCGACUUCAUCCCGCACAAUCCGGCCCAGCUGCCCAUUUGGAACUUCGACGGUUCCUCCACCGGGCAGGCCGAAGGCAGCAACUCUGACGUCUACCUCUACCCCAAGGUGAUCUACUCUGAUCCCUUCCGCGCCAAGAGCGACAAGCUGGUGCUCUGUGAGACCUUCAAGUAUGACAAGACGCCGCAUGUUACCAAUCUGCGGCACUCCUGCAACCAGGUGAUGACCGAGGUUGCCAGUCAGCACCCCUGGUUCGGCAUGGAGCAAGAAUACACCUUGCUUGACCUGGACCUGCACCCGUUCGGGUGGCCUAAGAACGGAUUCCCGGGACCGCAGGGCCCGUACUACUGUGGAGUUGGCGCCGACAAGGUGUACGGCCGGGACGUUGUGGAGAGCCACUACCGCGCCUGCCUCUACGCCGGUGUCAAGAUCGCAGGCACCAACGCCGAAGUGAUGCCCUCUCAGUGGGAGUUCCAGGUGGGUCCCUGCGAGGGCAUCCAGAUGGGCGACGACCUCUGGAUGGCGCGCUUCCUGCUCCACCGCACCGCCGAGGACUUCAGCAUCGUGGUCAGCAUGGACCCUAAGCCGAUUCCGGGCGACUGGAACGGCGCCGGCUGCCACACUAACUACAGCACCCUUGCCAUGCGGGAGAACAACGGUAUCGCUGCUAUCGAGGAGGCGAUCAAAAAGCUGGGAUCGGUUCACGAUGACCACAUCAAGUGCUACGACCCCAAGGGAGGUUCUGACAACGCCCGCCGGCUGACGGGGCUGCACGAGACCUCGGCCAUCACCGACUUCUCGGCAGGCGUGGCCAACCGCGGCGCCAGCAUCCGCAUCCCGCGUCAGGUGGCCGAGGAGGGCAAGGGCUACCUGGAGGACCGGCGGCCAAGCUCCAACUGCGACCCGUACGCCGUCACCGAGAUCAUCUGUCGCACCACGUGCCUUUAGAGCGGUCACGCGGCGUCCAGGACGGGGCCGCGACCGUGACGGCGUGAAGAGCGAGGCCAGGGCCUUAGUGGGUGGAUAGUAGGUAUAUGACGUGGUAUAUGCCACACCUUGUUGAGUGGAUUUCUAUACGGAUUUACCCUAAGAUCAAACUGCUCAGGGUUUGUUGACAUUUAUGCCUCUUAUUCUGUUAAAUAUUGACUUACUUGUUUGGUGCUGUGUGUGUGACAGUUGCAUAACCAUUUACAUCCGGUUGUCGACGCUCAUAUCAUAUGCGUAUGCGUUCUGUUAACUCGUUCGUAAAGAAUGACCACCAUCUUUACCAUUUUGAAUCAAUAUACCUCAGGCUUAUA